CUAGCUAACGCAACCACCAUUGUGCACUGCACCCUCCACUUACUACAAUAUGUCACUCAUUCGCGAUAACGAGACCGAGACCGAGACCACGAUCGAGCCGAAACUGAGUCGAGACCCAAUCCGGAUUUGCCAUCCUGACUACGAGCCACCUUUGGAUGUCUUGCUUAUGUUCAAUACUCCAGAUAGUCAAGACACUGAAGGCAUUCAAAAAGGUGUAAAUGCUCAGGUUGUAUUCGAUGCCUGUAAUAUCGUUGCUGGGAACCCUGCCACUUCUUGGCUGUCUAUCUCACGAAGUUCUAGCUCCGACAAUGCCAUCAAGCUCGAUACUGUGCUCAUCGGAGAACAGUACUUCUUCCAUGUUCUAAACGAUAGCGGAAAGCCUUACAAGAUUGUGCCGACGUUUCAGGAAUGGCGAUAUCCCCAUGGUCGUCUUCCUACUCACUGGGCCCAGGCUGUCUCCGAUACGAGUCGUAAUACAAUUUCCACAAUCACGAAUGAUAUCGGCGCCACCUUGCAGAAUCGUGACCUACGAUGUCGUAUCACAAACCGCUAUGAGGGGACAAAUAUAUCGUAUAUCGUGCCGCAGCGGGAGAACGCGUGGUGGAAGAGGAAUAGCAUGCUACGAUAUAACAACAACGACAUCUCCAGAAACACAUCGAACAACCUAGCCAAUACUAUGCUCCUUCGCUCAGAUCUUCAUGCUGCAUUCGAUGCCUCAAAAUUCGUUAUCGUCCCGAAACAAUCAAAGGACAAGAAUUGGUGGUUUGCCGUUCAUGUAACAAAUGGAUCGUCAGAACACGAGUAUUACAUCCAUAACAGGGCACUCAAGACGCCCCACCCUCGCGUGGAAUCGUUGUAUGCUCGCUUUGCGUGGUCCGUGUUUACCUAUCUGGCACCAUUUCUCACCGCGGGAAAACCUCGCAUGCUGUCUGUUUCCACUAGCGAAGAAAAUGGGUCGGCCACUGAGGGCUUCGUCACCGCGAAAGAAUGCGAACGAUAUGUGCAAUCUUCAUUGGGAGCCUUACAUGACUGUAGGGCAAGAUGGACAGAAAAGAAAGCAGCUUAGAUGAAUCAGGCACAGAUACCUUGAUGCGAUACUUCAGAGAUUCAAAAUUUCGAAAGAUGUACACUGUGACUCUGCAUUUGCGUCAAUACUGAAUGUUUU